AUGGCGUCGAACACGUUGAAGAGGCGCCGGUCAAGGUUGUCCCUGCCAUCGGGACCGCGUGGACGUUCGAUCGAGGUCGAAUUCAUGCCACCCCCGCCGAGGCGACCGCGAACCCACGAUGGAGCCCACGAUCAGGACGGCACCGGGCCGGCGGGAACUCGCACCGAUGACGACUCGGCCUCGCCCGAGUCCGCCCCCGGGAACACGCGUGACGACGACUACAUCUACCCGGACACGGGCGGCGUAGACGACGACGACGACGACGACAUGCACGUGGCCGUCGGGCAGCCAGCCGGUCCGAUCCAGGGCCGAGCCGCCGAAGAGGCUGCGCGGCAGGAAGAGCUCGCUCGGGUGUUGGCGGAGAGCAGGAGGGAUGCGCGAAGCAACGAGAAUGCAUCCUCCGGGGGCGCAGCGGAAGCCUCGGCCAGCCAGGGCUCCUCCUCCAGCCGCGGGGCGAGUGGUGAACAUGUGCCGGCGAGACAUGGGCUCACGAACGGCGGUUCGACCUGUUGGCUGAACACCCUCAUCCAGGUCGCGUCCAGCCCGCGCACGACCCUCGGCAGGAUGCUGAUGGAGCUGUCCCGGUGCGAUUGGGACGACGCCAUGAAGGAGGGGCUCUCGGCACUCUGGCAGAUGGUCGACGCCACUGGGAAGGUGACCUCGGCGGAGCCAUGCACGCCCUCAAUCCACGCUGGUUUCGUUGGGGCGAACGGAAUCCUGAAGCCGGCGGGGUUCAAGGCUUGGGAGCAGCAAGACCUAGGCGAGGCGUUCUUCAAAAUCUGGGAGCUGCUUCAGUCCCAGGCGACUGCGACGGAGACCCCGCUGCCCCCCCCUCUGGCAGCCACGACCAUGACGACGUCAACUAACGCGCCUGCAACAUUGGUGGUGAUGAUCAACCGAACGGGGUGGAUAGACGGCACCGGGGGCCACGGCGGCAAGGACGGCCGAGCGGUCCAGUUUGAUCGGGUGGCUUCGCUCCUCUUGCGGAGCGCUUCCGGAACCACGCGAACGCAGCGCUAUGACGUCCGGGGGAUCGGGGUGCACAUCGGACCCAGUCUCAACGCGGGCCACUACAAGGCGUUCGUGGCGGGGCGAAACGACACGUGGGUGUGCGCUGACGAUGCGGACACCACCGAGGUCUCGUGGCGCGACGUGCGCAAGGUCAACCCGACGAUCAUGGUCCUCGAGAGGCAGCACGGAGGCGGAGCCGCAGCGACCCACGGCACCGAUGUUCCCGCGUUCUGGAGCGCGGCGGUCGCUGCCGCCAGAGGGCAGGCUUCGGGGUCAGGAGGCCAGGUACCCAGCAGCAACGAUGCGUUGGGACCCCCAAACCAGCCCGUGCAGCCCGUGCCGCAGAACAAGAAGCGUCAGCGGGCGGUCGAGCCCAUAGCCGGAGCCCUACAGGAGCUGGCCGGUACGCCGGAGGAGGUGCAGAAGUUCCUGCGCCUCAGCACCGAGGCGUCGCCCCAACAACUUGGGCUGUGCCGCGCUCUCCUGAAGGACGGCGGCGCCGGCCUCCUGUCGGCGAAACACGCAUCCAAUGGCUGCCGGAUCUACAGAGGGGGUGCGACGUCGGGUUCUGAUCUCGGGCCGGCCACCAUCAGGAAUAUCCUCGCCGCCGCCAGCCAGACACGCGGCCCCGUGGGUGACAUGGCGGCCGUCCUGGACGGGCCCGAAUCGACGGAGCGAAGAAGGGCCGAGGAGGGACUCCGGCGUCUCCGGGUCGCGGCGAAAGCUGGAGACGUUGUCGCGUUCUUGGGGGUAUGCGGCGAGAUCGACGUGUCGAUCCACAUUGACACCACCCACCCGGCGUUCGCCAACAACGCCGGACGGACGGAGCCGCUCCUUGUCGGAUGGGGGGCGUGCCCCAAGUACGCCGAGUCACCUUUUUACGACCCGGACUGCCCCCUACUGACCGGCAAGCUGUGGCGCGCUGCUGUGAAAGCGUCUCCCUUCGGCGGCGACGCGGGUGGUGCUAUCGCCGCCCUCAACAAGAACAACAGCUGCUCUCGCAGUGUCCAUGACCGCGGGGGCAACUGCUUCGACAGCAAGACCAUGCCGCCGCGUGUGAGGGAGCUCAGCCGGACUUUUCUGGACCUCACCUGCACGUUGCUCAUCAAUCGCUUCCCGAACGUCCACGCUCUGAUGGUUCUCAGCUUUGGCGAGGUGUGCGACCAAGGCGCCGCACGGCACGGCGUCGUGUGGUCUGGCAGGGACGACAAGGUCGGGAUGUUCGCCUCGCACCACAUCUGCACCAUCCCGGGUGGCCUGCCCGCCGCAACGAGCAACUUCGCGGGGCUCUGCCUCCUUCACCACGCCGCCCGUGACCGCGAGGGUUGCCGGACACUAGAAGACCUGGGGGGGGAGCGCCGAAGGUCUGCGGUGGCUGAAGCCGUAGAUGCGCUGGUUGGCGCCCAGGACUUCGUCGCGCCCCAAAAGGGGGCCGCGGCGUUCGACGGCGAGAAGGAGGCUCUCCGAGCGGGCGUGGAGGAGAACGACGAGGUUUUCGAGGAAGCGUUCAACGCAAUUCGCACACGGCUGGGCCCCGCUUUGUUCACGACGCAGCAGAGAUCUGACGGUGGUGCGGCAAAGUACACCGCGGAGGAGCGGGGCGCGGAAAAGUCAACGGUCGAGCUGAAGGCCGAAGGCGGGGAGGCUUCGAUGAAGAAGCGGAAGCAGGACCCGAAGAAGUUCCAGGACGACUGCGCGGCAGGGGCGAGGACGGCCACCGUCAAUGGGCAAAAGGUCACAGUCCGUGAGGGUGUGUGGCAGGGCAGGGAGGCGGCGACGCCCGCCGAGGAAGCGGCGAUGCGCCGGCGGUCUGCAGACAGCGCCAGCGGGGCGGACACCGCUUGGGUGAGAGACGGGAAGCUGGUUUCUCGAGACACCUCCGGAGCCGUCAAGAUCACGAGCGGGGGAGCGUCUUUGAAGGGCAAGGCCGACUACGCCGAGGGCGCGGCCCUGCCAGGGGGUGGCACGUCCAAGGGGACGCAGAAGGGCAAGGCGGCAGCCGGAAAAAAGAUGCAGGGCAAGAAGAUGCAUUCCAGCGGUGGGUCACGCGGCCCGGGUGCAGCGGCCAAGACGUACGUCGACAUCAACGCGUAUCGUACCCUGAUCGUUUCGUCCCGUCACCGGUCUUACGUGAAGGAAGAUGGGACUGUCCGUACGUCGGCCAGGCGUAGAUCGGAAUCGAAGUGGUUCGCGUACAAGGACGUCAGAGGGAUCAACGGAGGCAAGGACAUCUUCGGACUUAAACAGUUCGACACGAACGGCAAAGAGAGGAACCUCUCAUACCCCUCCGACGCCUCUGGCAAGGACCUCUCGGGGUUCAUGGGCCUCGGCGAGAGCAACCGGUUGUUCGAGGGGGACCUCCAGACAUACGCCCGGUGUGCCGCCUCGACGUAG